AACCAUGCGGCUGUCAUGACGGAUCGCAUGCUUGGCGGCGAUUGUAUGAAUGCAAAAUUUAAUCCAGGGAUUGAGAGCCACACUUCGCCAAACAUCAAUAAAAUAAAUUGCGGUGGUGAUCCAAUUGUUUUGAAUACAACUGUUGCUGCGACAAACAUUGAAUCGACCAUUGGAACGCCAGCCAUUCUCGUGGAUCCAACAUUGAUAUCCAGUCAAAAUACCACCGAUAGCCAUUACGAAACCAUUUUAAAGAUAACACCAUUCUCAAAUUCAACGGCUGAACCGGAAGAAACGACAACUUACUUUGCGAUUACCGAUGAAGAUAUCGAUUUAACGGAGCUCAUUGAAAAAGCCCAACAAAAUACAACAAAUGCACCAGGUAAUAAUGAGCACUACGAUGAACUAAAUAUGUCAGCACAAUCACGUCAAGCACUCCUUAAACAAGUUGGUCUGCCCGCUAAUCUGUUUGCAUCUUUAGCAUCCGCAUUUAGACGACCGUGUGAAUGCCAAAAAGGCGUGUGUGGAUGUUGUACGGGCAUGCUAUUCUCGGCGCUACGCCAAUUGGGUUGCAUGAACAUCACAUAUCAUCCGGAUGAUUUUUCAUUCGAAUUCAAAAUGAUCAUGAACAAUGCCGUUUUGUACAAGAAUCGAGUGACCGGACGUAAUCCGCCACCAGUUUGUGUGCGUAUGCCACGUUUUUCAUUCAUUAAAGUGUGCGCCUCAUUCUAUGAUCUUCAUUUUAUCGGACGAAAUAUGCAUGUAUGCAUGGAAAUGUCAGCAUUCGUCCAAGAAUCGGAAAUAUUCAAUCGAUCGUUUGAUUGCAUGCGAAUUGGCGACAAAGGUGUAAAGAUUGUUCGGCCAGAGGAUUCGGCUUUCGUAAAACCAGGAACCGAUGCUGAAAUCGAUACUGGCGGCUAUGAUGACGUUGAAGAUUAUGACGAGAAUGCGGUCGUUCGACGAAGAAAAAAUCUUCAAUUCUAAACGAUGUCGACUUCAACGAUUCUAUUUAUUCAUUUUAAAUUUAAAUUUUAAUUGUUAUUUCUUUGUUUCGUAUU